UCACAUGGUCUGAAAAAACACCAAGAUACAUAUAAACUUGAAGGAAUUAUAUUAUAUAAAUGUAGGUAUCCUCUUUCCAGCCAUCAAACAGAUUUUGUAGACCAAUGUUAUUAAUUCAAGUUUCUAACAGUUUUUACUAAUUUUUUUUUUACUUUCAUCUGUAAACAACGAUGAUAGAUUAAAUGCAAAUACAUGGCUGAAAUGCUAUGAUAUUCAAACAAAUGUCUAUUAAUUUACAAAUCAUAUGUUCCUAUUCAUUGACAACCAAAAAUUCAAAAUGAUUUCAUGUCACCCACAUAACUACACCGAUUUUGGGGAAGCAUAGCUACUGUAAUGCAAAAUGUCAAAAAUAAAAAUCAAUGUGGCGGUGGUUGGCAUCUUAUAUUUUGUCAUAAUGUGGUGUUGUUUGUAUUGAGAUUUCUUUUGCAUAUUUGAGUUGUAUAACUAAAGAAAAAAUUAAUUAAAAUUUAAAAGUGCACACAAGCAGGUCUAGUUUUCUGUUGGGUAUAUUUCAGUAUAUAAUUUUAUAUAGCCCACAUUUGGAGAGAGUAGAUUAUUAAAACACUCGGAUUUUUGUUACAUCGUUAUCGCUACCACCCUAGAUAACACGUAACCUUGUCUUUGGCUAGAAGUUAAGGUAAGGUUUUCUAUUUUCCACCCAGAACUCCACUGCCCCUCUAUAAUUCUAGCGGGAAUAUUUGUUCAAUGAAAACCAUAGCUAGUUGGAACCAAUUAACAAAGAUUUUCACAUAUAAUAUACUUGUCAAUUUUUCAAUUCCAAAAGGGCCGCGAAAAUUCAUACAAUGUAACUACAAUUGUGUCAUACUGGCAACGUUGCAGAUUGUUUCGCUUUUGAGUUAUGACAGGUGUUAUGUAUGAAACAUAAUGGCCGCCACCAUAUGUAAACAAUGAAUAAAAUCGUCGUUUUUAGGAAAAAAAAAGGCAUUUUUUUCAGGAACUGCUUGAAAUGUGAUUAAUUUAUCAUUUCUAACGAGAGUCAGUUGAUAAAAUAUAAGGAAACCAGCUAUUAAUGUGGAUAACCUAACCUUCAUUAGGCCAACUUUAUAUUUUUUUUUGAAAAAAAUAGCAGGAUUGAGGAAUUUUCAUCACCGGAUUCGUGAUUUAGGGCCCAAAAUUACAAUGUUUUCAAAUGAAGAACUAUGUAUUAGUGGAGCAAGAAUAGAAGAAAUUUAUUAUUCUCCUGAAUGUAGAAAUAAUGAUGUCAAGAAUCCCGAUUUGGCAACUCUCAAGACAACUGACGAAAAUUGCAAAACCUACCAUACAUAUGAUGACAGUCAAUACAUGAAGAUCGAAGUUUCAGACUAUUGUGUAGGAUGGAAUAAUAAUGGUUUAACUGAGGAUAAAGCAUUUGAAAUGAAAAUUGAACAUACUGACAUAUCAGUUAUAAGUGAAAACGUGCUCAGUUUCAACUUAAAAAAUGAAAAAACUGAUGAAAAUAUAGUCAGUGAUUCUAAUAAUGACUCAGACCAGAUUAAUUCUUCUGAUUAUCUUUCAAAGAGAGAAGAAGAUUCAGAAAUACCUCUGAAUGGUCACACAGAAAUAAAUCAACAUAUCCAGCUUAUUCAUUCGAAUUUGAAAAAACACAAAUGCGAUUUAUGUGAUUAUGCUGCAAAUGAAAAACGUGUCCUCAAAAAUCAUAUUGAUUUUGUUCAUUUAAAGUUAAAGAAACAUAAGUGUCACUUGUGUGAUUAUGCUGCAAAUCAAAAAGUUCACCUCAGAAAUCAUAUACAUUCUGUUCAUUUGAAUGUGAAAAGACAUAAAUGUGCUUUAUGUGAUUAUGCUACAAAUCAAAGAAUUCACCUAAAAAGUCAUGUAACUGCUGUCCAUUUGAACGAAAAGCGGUAUAAAUGUGAGUUAUGUGAUUAUGCUGCGUUUCGUAAAUAUCAUCUUACAGAUCACAUAAAUGCUAUUCAUUUGAAUGUGAAGAAAUAUAAAUGUUCAAUGUGUGAUUAUGCUGCUUGUCAAAAGAGGGACCUCGAUAGGCAUCUAAACACCGUUCAUUUGAAUGAGAAGCAGUACAAAUGUGACUCAUGUGAGUAUGCCACAACUCAAAAAUUUUCUCUCAAGGAUCACGUAAAUUCUGUUCAUUUAAAGUUGAGACAACAUAAAUGUGCCUUGUGUGAUUAUGCCGCAAAUCAAAGAGGGCAGCUAAAAAAUCAUAUAACUUCUGUUCAUUUAAAUGAGAAGCAGUACAAAUGUGACUCGUGCGAUUAUGCUGCAACUACAAAAAGUGGUCUCAAAGAUCAUGUAGAUUGUGUUCAUUUAAACUUGAGAGAACAUAAAUGCUCUUUGUGUCCUUAUGCUGCGAAUCGAAAAAUCCAACUCAAAAACCAUUUCAAUCGCAUUCAUUCAAAUAAGAAGUCGUAAGGAGAAAUAUAAAUGCCACUUAAGGUUAAAAUCUUCCAAUAAUCACAUCAGCUUCCAUCCAUCUAAAGUUGAAAAAAUAUCAGUACAGCUUAUGUGGUAAAUCAUUACAUUCACUUCAAGAUAUCUUAAUUGGAGGAAUAGAUAUCACUAUUAAGAUUUAUUUAAAAUUGAAGCAAUAUAAUAAGUGCCACUUAUGUGAGUAUGAGAUUAUGGAAAAUUUAUCUGAAAAAAACAUACAACAGGUAUUACGAAUACAAACUUCAAGAAAAUUGAAUAUAACAGCAGUAAUUCUCUUUUCAGCCAUCAAACGGAUUUUGAAGACCUUUCAGAUUAUACUAAUUCAAGUUUGUAAGGAUUUUCAUUAAAUUUUGUAUUAUUUUUAAUCAAGUAUUAUGAAAUAUUAAAUGCAAAUACAUAGGAGAAAUGC